UAGACGCUCAAACAAAAUGGCUGCCGACAAAAAUCAUAAGAAAAGCUCUACAUCUAAAACUAAAAGUAAAAGUGCUAAAGUUCCAAACCGAAGUGGUUUUGAUAGGAACUAUUUUACACUUCCUCAUCCAUUUUGGAUGCUUAUCAUCACGUUUGGUAUAUGGCUUCUGCUGGUAAUUUAUUAACUAUAAGCCGUAGACUAGCACUGGGGGUGUGGCUAAUACUAAUAGUAAUAGGUAAUAGGCAAUAGGCUUUACUAAUAAUACAACUUAGAGACAACUACUAGUACUAGUACCACAAGGAGGUUAGAAAGCUUACCAGAUUUUCUGGAUGCUAAGUACGGACACAAAGGGUCACAGCAACUGAGGCAUAAACAAUGAGGGGGGGGGGAGGGUUAACAAAAACAACAAAAGGUGUUGUAAAUGAUUUUUACUAUCCUUCUGUACAUCAUUUUGGUUACAUACUUGAUACUAUUACUUAGCUUACCAGAUUUUCUGGAUGCUAAGUACGGACACAAAGGGUCACAGCAACUGAGGCAUAAACAAUGAGGGGGGGGGGGAGGGUUAACAAAAACAACAAAAGGUGUUGUAAAUGAUUUUUACUAUCCUUCUGUACAUCAUUUUGGUUACAUACUUGAUACUAUUACUAGGAUUGUCACAUUGUGAAUAUUUUGCAGACCCAUGAAUAACUUUUAACGAAUUUCCAUUCUCAAGAAGCAUUUCAUAAAAUUGAGGACACAUUAGAUUAAUGUUACACUGAACAAUCAAAAUAUUUCUCAGAGUGAUUAGGGCCUACUUUCAGCUACGAUUUCUGAGGCGUUCAAGCAUUGUUUACCUGACAGAAAGCACCCUCCACAGGUCCUUGUUGUGCCCGGAAGUCUGAAUGAAAACUCAAGCAGUGGUUGCAAUUGUACCGAAAUUAUAUCAUUUGCUUUAACAUGUUGAAAUAUUUGCACCCAUUUUUUUAAUCUACAGAAAUGUUUUGCGAGUAUGUUUCUUUUAGCUUAUCAAAGAGAUUGCUAUCAUCAAUUUUCCCUGGGAAGAUUUUAUUUACAUGCACAGAUAGUCUCAUGCAGUUUCAUUCAGUGCAGCAGUAGUGCUUAGGCUAACGAGCAAUGUUCUGCACGAUUGAGCUGAAACUAUUCACUGCGCUGACCUUUGCUGAGAAAUAAGAUGACACAAACGAACUCAGCAUAAAUUUACCCCUAAAUUUAGUGCCCCCCCCACUCCAACUAACUUAAGCGUAAAUCUUCAAAUCUAAAAUCUGUGACCUAGCGCCUAACAUGAACCCUAAAAUCACUGUUCGUUUGCUACAGUUACUGUACUGUACUAAGAAAAGCGUACAUUUGAAUUUGAAAGAUUAAAAAUUAAAAAAAAAAUAUUUAGAAUAAUGUAAAUCCAACCUACAGUUUCAUGGAAUACACUCUUACACACGUUGUUGCAGGUACCACCAAAAAUAAAAUCCAAAAAAUGAAAGAAAAAUCAAAAUCCAUUAAACAAAAUGCUGGCAAAGUAGCCUUGUUUUUAAAAAUUAUACGUAAUCACCCGACGAAAUAAAAAUAUUCAAAUUUAUUUCGGGUGGGGGGGGGGGGUGUUAUUGGGUGAGCUCCCACACUUUUGUCCCCUUUAAACAAAAUGCUGGCAAAGUAGCCUUGUUUUUAAAAAUUAUACGUAAUCACCCGACGAAAUAAAAAUAUUCAAAUUUAUUUCGGGUGGGGGGGGGGGUGAUAUUGGGUGAGCUCCCACACUUUUGUCCCCAAGUCUCGUCCCCUGAUUUAGUGAUUGUGUAAGUCUUUUCACUGGUUGAUACAUACUACGACGUUAUAAAACACAGAUUGUGUAUGUUAAGGAAAUGAGCACAUAAAAAGCUUGGAGUUAAUUGUUCCUUUAACCUCUCUUCUCAGGCUUCAACUUUUGCACCAGACACUAUCCCUGAUAUUCUAGGUCCAAUAGCAACAUUUGGAAAGUAUAUGAGCCAGUACCACAAUUUGAACAUUUUAUUGUAAGUAGGCCAACCUAUCUUGUAAACAGAAGUUGUACAUUAUGACAUUUUACGUAAGCUCGCUGUGUUGAUGUCUGUUUAAGUUUAAACAUCAGAUGAUAAGAUUUAACAAUAUAAUGAAUUAGAGAGAAAAAAAUAACUGUUGAUUGAAGUUGAAGAGCUUUAAGUUUUAUUUAAGUUAGAGGAAUGAGUGUUAGGCUGUGAAAAGUUAGAGAAAUGAGUGUUAGGCUGUGCAUGUGCAAAGUUAGAGGAAUGAGUGUUAUUGCAGCACAAUUUAGUUAAGUAUUCAGUUUAAUGUCUUAGAAAUACAUUUCCUUUUUAAGGUAUCACACACUUUAUUGCACAUAAACUAUGCAUGUUUCUGCUUUCAGAUGCUACAUAACAGUCAUUUUACACUGCUUAGAGGCAGCUUAUGCUGGAAAAGUAUGCUAGUAAGUUACCAGUAUCAUUUUAAUUUUAUGGCAAAAGCCUUGCAUAAAAGUACAGCUUUCUGAACAGACAAAAUAAUUUAAACCACAUCUGUUACCUUAGCUAAAAACGUAAACAUAUUACAAUGUGAAAUAAACAUAGAAUGUUGUACAAGUAUAAGAGCAGGGUCAUAAAGUAAAUAGUUUACAGUUCUUCCUCUUGGUCUCUUUGUAUAGUUAAAGGGGACUAGACUAAUUGUUCAUCCUCAGUUGUAGUUAAAUGAUGAGUUAUGUAAUAAACUUCAUCCUUAAAAUUUUAUUAUUGUUUUUCAAGUUCAACACACAUUUUCUUCUUCUUGUAUAAUUUGAGGGCCCACGAUAAAUGUAUUGAUCAUUCUGCUUAUCAUUUCUGAUUGUGAUUAGAUUGACUACCCUUGUGAAUUCUAUGAAACCCAAGGUUAUCAACUCCUAUUUUUUUCCUUACAGUGAUCGAGACAUGACAACAUCUGCUACAGUUAAGUGGGUUGCUUCCACAUUUCUGUUUGGAUUUUCUUCACUGGCCUUGCGACUCUUACCCUACAAGCCAGGCAGAAAAACAGUAUGAAUAUGCUUGGAGAAAAUUGACUGAAAGAAUGGACUCACAUUAAACUGAUGAAAACUUAUUGACCGACAUGUUAAGGAGAUAUUGAUUUUUUUUACAAACAUUUCAUAGAUAAACUCUCUUUAUGACUAUAUUAUUUAAUUAUUCAUAUCAGAAAAGAUUAUAUUAAAAAAAUCAUAAUUUCUUUAAUUUGUGAAAUGUAAUUAUUUCUCUUGUCAGAGUUUACUGUUUAUAUUGAGAUAUUACAGUGCCUUAUUUUUAAAAGUUGAAAAUAUAACAAGGAUUAGCUUUUACUUUCUUGACAAGUAAUGGCUAUGUUUUAAAAUAACGCUUCAUUUAAAAUUAGAUAAUGUAAACAUUUUUUAAUUAAACAUUUUUGCGGUGACUUUGUCACUUCAACUAAAAUAUAAAGAUAAACAAAAUUAUAGUGAAAAAUCUAAUGUGAUAACAAGUUGUGAAUUUAAGGUGAAUAAAUUUGAAUGAAAAAUCUGACACCUUUUGCAUCUCAGCUAGAAAGAAAAUUGUGCUUACUAUUUGUGAAGUUAAUGGUAAUAUCAAGAUGAUUUCUGAACUAUGAAAUUUAUAUAGAGGUUGUCCCUUUCUUGAAUUUCAAUAAAUUUUGUUGAAGCCGCAUUAUAUUGUCUUUCAUUAAUAAAUAACCAGAUCUUCUUUACUAACUCUUCCACCUUUAACUAUAAUUUAUUUCUGUGACAUUGUUAUGAGUGUAAGUUCUUUGAUUAAUUUUUUUGUGAAUGUAAGUGUAGGGUCUUUAAUUAAUUCAUCUAAAUUAAAAAAAAAACAAAUAAAAACUUACAUUAUUUUGUCAAUAUUCGACUUUCAAUUUGAACAUGCAUGGGAAAUUUAUUAUUUCUUUUAAAAAUGGUAAAAAAAAUAUAUUUGUGAUUUUUGGGGCCUAGUGCUAAUAUUAUAAAAACUGAAGUUUACUCAAAUAUUAUUUAUGGCAGCAUUUAGUGGUCUAGUAGACCAGACACAUUCCAAUGGCUUAAAGUUAGGUAAAGUUCAGGGCUCACCCUUCAGCCCCAUAAGUAAAUUUUAAAUCUUUCAUUAUUAAUAUUCUUAAUUGUCUGGACACAAUCAAUAUUAAAAUUUAAUAGCUCGCGCCAGAAACAAAAAUGGUUUUGAUUGAUCACAAUUAAUGAAUCUUCACAUUUUAUUACAUGGUUGUUCCAAUAUAUUAUAUUUGUCAGUGUGUUAAUUUAAUGUAGAAACAAUUUUCUGCCCUAAUUUUCAUCUCCUGUAUCUCUCCCCAA